AUUCGAUUACUUGUCCCCAACUACAAAUACAUCUAUGUAAUUACCUUUGAGAACCCCAGGAACGUCAGACUCGCAGAGAUUCGCCAGGAAUUACCAGAUAGUGUCCUAUUGUUUGGCAAGAACAAGGUUGUUGCAAUCGCUUUUGAUUGGAAUCAGCUUAAACCUGGUCUAAAUAAACUCAUAAAAUACGUUAAGGGUCAGUGCGCCCUUCUCUUUAGCAACGUCGAACUUGAUGAACUUCGCAAAAUGUUUAACCAAUUCAGAAGUCAGGACUAUGCACGAGCCGGCAGCAUUGCUUCACAAACCGUGAUUUUGGGGUCUGGUUCCCUGCCCAAAUUUUCACAUACUCUUGAACCUCCUCUACGACAAUUGGGUUUGCCGGUUAAACUGGUCCGGGGCAUUAUCAAUCUUGAGGAAGACUAUCUUGUGUGUCACAUGGGUCAGACGCUCACACCGGAGCAGUGCAGAAUACUGAAGUACUUCGAGACUCAGACUUCGGAGUUCCGGGUGAAUAUCAUAGCUCGAUGGAGAGCUGAAGAUGGUGGUGUGGAGAACCUAUCCAUUGAUGAUGCAAAGAAUGUGAUUACUUCCCUCUAUCCGAAAGUCAAAGUUACAUGCCAAAUGGUGGAAGAUGGAUCCCUAUGUUUCAUUCCUGAACCUGUGGAAGAUGAGAUGGACAGCACGAUGGAAGGCUAA